AGCUCCAACGCGAUCGAACCCUUUCGUGCGGCUUAAGGCGAAAAACAGUGGCUCCAACUUGUGCUUGACUCUUCCCUACGAGCCGGGCUGCCCCAAUCCCGCCAGAGUCGGCCAUCGAUCGACCUCUCGAUAAAACGGCUGGCGAGCGGCACCGCCAUCCUCGCCGGACCAUCUGCUGGCCAUUAUCAUCAACCAGUUUGCCUCUUGCAGAAAAUAAAACUGCUUCAGUCUUGGAAAAGAUGAGGAACACUAAGAAGGGUGCUGAUAAUCGCACAAGAAGAUCACAUAAGACUAGACGAGCUUGCAAUAGUAAAGGAAGGGCGACCGAGCCAAUGGCAUCAUCAGUCUUGGAAAAGGUGCAGAAAAGUAAGAGGGGUGGCGAUGAUAUCGCAAGAAGAUCGGAUGAGAGGGAUGGUGAUCUUCUCCCAAGAUCAUACAAGAGCAGAAUGGUUCGCGAUGUAUACACAUAUGCUGGCUACAAGGAGCAGUUUGGGGAUCCGGAGUCCAUGGGCUACCCUAAGCCUCCAAUCACCAUGCUAGAUGAUGACAUGCUUUUGGUUAAUACUUUCGAGGGAACUUUUGGCGACACAUACCCUGAAGGUGAUUGGCGUGAAUUCAGUAAAAAGGGCUCUUCCAACAUAGAUCGCUAUGUUGUCGCCCUUGCUUCAUUCAGUGGAGAGAAAAGGCAUUUUGCAUGCUCGGGUUUUUUCAUCGAAUGGAACGGAUCUACAAUUAUCCUGACAUCUGCAAGCUUGGUCAGAAGUUCAAAUGAUGAAAACAAGAUUGAUGAAAGCUUGAGGAUCGAAGUGUUGCUUCCCAGGAAACGACGCAUAAAGGGCACGCUACAGCACUACAGUCUACACUACAACAUUGCUCUAGUCAGCGUCGAGGAUUGUCGUGUUGUUUGUCCAGCAAUUAUUCAGCGUCGUCGGUAUGUGUGCUCUAAAAUAGCAGCCGUAGGGCGCUGUUUCGUAUCAGGCGCGCUGAUGGCCGUGAUCACGGAACAGGUCACCUGGACAGGCACGCUCGAGUGCGUUUGCAUUGAACGAAUCUCACGUAGAAUCACCAAGGCUGGUACUGGAGGACCCCUUGUUAAUUUGGACGGGGAAGUUGUCGGCAUGGACUUCUACGACACGAGGAUCGGAACCCCUAUCGUGAUGUGGGAUCAUGUUGAAUGCAUUCUGGACCAUUUUUGUGAAAAGAGUAAGGCUGGUGAAGUUGGGAGUGACAGUGGUGAGGCUUUCUGGAAAAUAAAUGGGGAUCAUAGUGACAGGCUAAACAGGUGGCCUGUGCCCGCGCCAUGUUGGUGCAGUCGGGACGACGUGGACGCGGACAAGAAAUCCGAGGAGGACGAGCUGAACCUUGACCCCCCACCCCUCCCCAGUGACAUUUUCGAUGGGUGCUUCAAUAUUUUUGAAAAGGGGCGGGGCUCAUCCAGCGGCAGAAACAACGUACCCCGCAGUAACCCAUUCAUAUACGGGUACAUACACGGGAAGAGGGUUUUACUUUCUGUUUGAUAGUGCGUGUCUGCAGCAUUUCCUUGCGUUGUUGGCUUGGUUUUAGUUCCCGAGGAUCUGCUUGUUGCUGCUGCAAAUGUUUCAUGUACUAGCUAGCUGCUGUGCUUGGGUCUCUUGGAAUUGUAGAGUGGGUGCAGCCUUGUGUAACAGAUGGUGAUGAUCGACUUGGUUUAUACUGAAUUCGUUUAUACUGUACAACAGUGACUUUGUAAAUUUUAAGAUAAUACGCCGGUUCAGUCU